UUGUUCUCAAUAUCAUUCCUUCUGUGCGUCACCGUCUGUAAUAUCGUGAGCUUCUUGUCAAGGUCACCUCGUGCGCGUUUCAAUCGUUAGAGGAAGUUUGUGUCUGAGGUUUAGUGUAAUAUACUGCGUCAACUUUGAAAAAUGGUUAGACUUAGCCAUCAUGAAAAUUCCGUUGAUGUGUCCACGCAAUCCGAGGCAACAGAGAAUCCGGAUCUUAUAGCAAGCAUUCAGAGUAUCAUCAUAUCACGCAUCCAAAAUGGGGCCACGGUUCAAGACAUAAUCAAAGACUAUGAGAAUUACAACGGGGUAAAUCUUGAGUCUAUGUAUAAUGGACGAGACGGGAUAGCAGAACUUCUACGUAGGAUUCCGGACGUGUGGUCGGUCUACAAAGCUCCGUAUGGACCAUAUUUGUGGUAUUGUUCAACCAAAAAAUCGGAACACCUAGUCAAGAUGAUCGCUAAUCAAAAAACGUCAUACAACAAGAUGUAUAACAACCGCAGCUAUCAUCCCUUGAUGCGAGGUCCGAAUCCGGGUUCAAGUACUAACCAAAACAUUCAAAUCAACAACGGGUCUAGCCAAGGGGGUAAAUUUAACCCGGAUAGUGCGGAAUUCGUGCCUGGUCGAUACAGGCAGUACUUCAAACGAGGCCAAACUCCAGGUCCAAUCACUGAUCAACAACCAAACAUGGCAAGAUUUCAAACCAGCGGCUCUAGCCAAGGGGACAAAUUUUACCCGGAUAACGUGAACUUCAUUCCUCGGCGCAAUGCUUGGAAGCGGAUGCAGCAGCGUGACAUCAUCAGCCAUCCAUACUUACCGCCACAGCCGCGAUGGAACAGAACACAAAAACAAGCGCCAAGCUACUCACAGUUUGGCCAAGCAAAGAAAAUGAAAGAUCCCAAUUUCUGUGGCUAUCAGAUGAUCGGAGAUGACUUUUUCCUAUCACUUGCUGCUUACGAAUUAGGAAGUUAUAUUGACAAAAGACACUACAUCCAACAGAGCGGGCUUUGCAUUUCCGGCUUGACAAUCGCGGAAGCAGCAGACCGCGUAUUAGAAGCCCCCUACAUAAGCGAUCGGGUCAUGAUUAAUGUCGGCGCGGUGGACUUGCUGCACGGUCACAAAUUCAUAGACAUGCAGCAGGAUCUGCGCAAACUGAUAGAGAACUUGAAUUAUCGCGGAGCGGCCGAUAUUAUCGUGACUACGGUUUCUCCACUGGCAAACUGCUGCCACAUUGUAAGCAUCGUUGAGGGUCUCGAAAAGUUCAACAACCUAAUUCGUAGCAAUUGGAAAUUUAUCGACGUGCACAAGUAUUUCGUCGACGAACGAGGAUGUACACUACGCUCAUGCUUCCAAGAGGAACCUCGCAAGGUGACCGGAAGUCUGAAGCCACACUGGCUCUGGAACAAGGUCGGUCGUCAGCGGAUCUUGGACGCCAUAAAAGCUGAUCUUGGGGCACUGUAUUAGAUAGGUAGUAGAUUCGCAUUUUACGCACAGCUUCAAACAUCUUGUGGUUUCAUCAAAAGUACUAAAUUUUAAAAUGUGCUUGAAGCACUUGUCCAUUUGUGAUAUCGUAUGUAAUUUUUGUAGUGAUUAAGUGUAAUCUGUAGGUGAGAUGGUACCAUUCUCAAACAAGCGUUUUGCCGGGAAAAUAUUUUCAAAAUUAUCAAGUUUUGAAAACCUUUUUCCACCAAGUCGAAACUCCAUUGCCUGAUGCCAGCAAACACCGGCAGCUGACAUCGGACAAUCUGACUUUCACCUACUUGAAGGAUGAACAACCGCUGAUUCUGAGCAUCUUUCCGCUGGACGGAACGAGUUUGCUCCACUGGGCAACUGCCGGCCCCCAUUGGGCAGCAAGCCGCAAUUUUCAGACAACGGUUGCUCAUCUAAGAUACAUUUUCGAUGUCUUUGCUUCAAUGCUGGGGUUCUAAUAUUUAGUUUAUAAUUUUAUAAGCAGAAAAAUGCAUUUAUUUAUGAGAAGAAUUGUGUACAAUGAACAUUAUUUUAAGCAUCGAAUUUGUAUCCUGUGUGUAAUAAAUUUGUGUUAAAUGUUA